GUGUGUAACUGUUUAUGCAUACAGAUACAGAAUAGAAUACAGAUCCAUUCCAAGUUUCCAAUACUUGCUUCUUUACCUGCUCUUGUUGUUCUUGCUACAUUUAGGCGCAUUUUAGCAUCUAACCACCAAACCCUAAAAAAGCAUUAUCCUCCUUCUUUGCUGUGCUUAACCCUUUUUUUUUUCUUUUCUUUUCUCUUCAUUUAUUUUCCCCUCUUCAACAAUAAUAAUCAUGGCAAUCAUUUUCUCCCUCUGAAAACUUUCCCUUGCUCCAAACACAUCCUCUUUACAGAUCCUCUUAUUUCUCUUUUCACAUUUUUCUUUUCUUAUUUCUUUGUUUCUUUGUUGCUGCCAAAACAAUUUGUUGAAGAGAGAGAGAGAGAGAGAGGCAAGCAAAGGUUUCAGCUUUAGAUCUGGGGGAGCUAAGGUUGUUUGAAGCAAUGGAGACACCCCAUGUCUCUUGGUCUUUGUCUUUGACAUGAAAUGAAAGUUUCUUGCUUUCUUCUUUGACCCUUCUUCUUCUUCCUCCUCUUCUUCUUCUUCUUCCAUCUUAGUCUUUCUACUACUACUUACUUGGUAACUUUCUAAAUUAGCACUAACUUGUGAAAAAGUGAAAGAGGGUCUCAGAUUUUGGGAACAAUGCUGGCCAUUGGGGGACAUGGCACCAGUAUCCGCACAAGCACUACUUGCACUGCUUUGCUCAGAGAACUUGAGCAAAUAUGGAACGAUAUUGGGGAGAGUGAGGUGGAUAAAGAUCGUAUGUUGAUGGAACUGGAGAGGGAAUGCUUAGAAGUUUACAGGAGAAAGGUUGAUGAGGCUGCUAACACCAAAGCACGCUUUCAUCAAACAGUUGCUGCCAAGGAAGCAGAGCUUGCAACACUAACAGCUGCCCUAGGCGAACACGAUAUUCAUUCACCGAUUAAGAUAGAGAAGAGAUCUGCAUCCCUGAAGGAGAAACUUUCAUCCAUUACACCUUUGGUUGAAGAAUUGAAGAAGAAAAAAGAGGAAAGGUUGAAACAAUUUGCAGAUGUAAAGACUCAAAUAGAAAAGAUAAGUGGGGAGAUUUUUGGAUUCCAUUCUGUCAAUAAUGGUUUGAGCAGCACAACAAUUGAGGAUGAACAGGAUUUGUCACUUAGAAGACUCAAUGAAUAUCAAACACAUCUCCGUUCUCUUCAAAAGGAAAAGUCUGACCGCCUUCAAAAGGUCUUGCAAUGCGUGAACGAGGUGCAUUCUCUCUGUAGUGUGCUUGGGUUGGAUUUUGGCCAGACUGUGGGUGAUGUACAUCCAAGUUUGCAUGGGACUCAGGUGGAACAAUCGACUAAUAUUAGCAAUAGCACACUGGAAGGUCUAGAGCAGACCAUUCUCAAGUUAAAAAUAGAAAGGAAAGCUAGAAUCCAGAAGCUGAAGGAUGUUGUAGCUAAACUAUUUGAACUUUGGAAUUUGAUGGAUUCAUCAAAAGAAGAGAGAAACUGUUUUAUGAGGAUUACUUCAAUUGUUGGAACCUCGGAAUCAGAAAUCACUGAACGAGGUGUUCUUUCAACAGAGAUGAUAGAAAAGGCUUCAGCAGAAGUGGAAAGGCUUGCCAAACUAAAAGCAAGCAGAAUGAAAGAACUUGUUUUUAAGAAGAGGUCCGAGUUAGAGGAAAUAUGUAGAUCGACUCACAUUGAACCAGAUACAAGUACUGCGGCCGAGAAAGCUAGUGCAUUAAUAGAUUCUGGCCUGGUUGAUCCUUCUGAACUAUUGGCUAACAUUGAAGCUCAGAUAAUCAAGGCAAAAAAUGAAGCUUUGAGCAGAAAAGAAGUAACAGACAGGAUUGAUAAGUGGCUUUCUGCAUGUGAAGAGGAAAAUUGGCUUGAUGAAUAUAAUCAAGAUGACAACCGGUACAGUGCUGGGCGAGGUGCUCACAUUAAUCUUAAGCGUGCAGAACGUGCUAGAAUAACUGUAGGAAAAAUUCCAGCUAUGGUUGACAAUCUUAUUAACAAAACACUAGCCUGGGAGGAUGAGAAGAAGACUCAUUUUCUAUAUGAUGGGGUACGUUUGGUGUCUAUAUUAGACGAUUAUAAACUGGCCAGACUACAGAAAGAAGAAGAUAAGAGACGACACAGGGACCAAAAGAAGCUGCAAGAUUUACUCUUGAAUCAGAAGGAAGCCAUGUAUGGUUCUAAACCCAGUCCAAGAAAAAAUAACAGCUUUAGAAAGCCAAAUGGGUAUCGCGCGAAUGGCAAUGGAUCUAUGCCACCUACACCUCGCCGUAACUCCCUAAGUGGUGGGACAACAUCUGAACUACUGACACCACGGUCCUACUCUGGCCGCCAGAAUGGAUAUUUCAAGGAAAUGAGAAGAUUGUCUACAGCACCUCUGAACUUUGUGGCUAUAUCUAAGGAAGAUACUAUGUCAUAUGCUUCCCUUUGUGGUUCAGAGCCUGAUUCUCCACCCCAACUUUAAAUGAUAAAAAAAAUGGAAUAGGCUAAAAAAGAUUUUCUUGGGCAGUGCCCGUAAACAUGAUUGAAGCCAGCACAAACCUUGUGAAUACGAGAUGGAUUGUACACUAGUAUUUGCUUGUAAUAAGCCGAGAUAUACGUGGACAGUGAUAGCUGACAUGAGGAUACGAAUUAGGGUGUUUAUGCUUUGAAGAACAUUAGCUUUGGGAAGAGUGUUGAUACUUGGUAGGGACAGUGCAGGACUCCUUUGUAGAGGGUAAACAGUGGAAAUCAUAGUGUUUGACCACCAUGUAUGUUGUGUGUUUUGUUUGUGUUUUACUUGUGUAUAUAUGUUUUAAGUGUGAUGUUCAUCAUAUUUCAUGUAGUAGUAACUAAGAUUAUUAUUUUGAUUCAUAACUGUAGGAGCGUCCAUGCUAUAUACCUCAUGCCCUUUUAUGUUUGUUGUAUGUGAUAAUCCAAGUUCAGAUGUUAUUUUUCUGGUCAAUGCAAGCUUUACUUAUUUGCACCAA